UACUUCAUUCACUCUUUGACACUGAUCAUAGUUGCAAGCACACACCAUCAUCACAAACAUAGCAAUGGCUAAAGUUGGAAGAAUGAAGCUGGGGUCACAAGGCUUGGAAGUGUCUCAACAAGGAUUUGGAUGCAUGGGAAUGUCUGCUUUCUAUGGACCUCCAAAGCCAGAACCUGACAUGAUUUCUCUCAUUCAUCAUGCUGUUCAAAGUGGUGUCACUUUCCUUGACACUUCUGAUGUCUAUGGCCCUCACACCAAUGAAAUACUACUUGGAAAGGCUUUGAAGGGAGGGGUAAGAGAGAAGGUUGAAUUGGCAACCAAGUUCGGAGCCACCCAUAGUGAGGGGAAAUUUGUGAUUCGUGGAGAUCCAGCAUAUGUGAGAGCUGCUUGUGAAGGAAGCUUGAAGAGACUUGAUAUUGAUUGCAUUGAUCUGUAUUACCAACACCGAAUCGAUACAAGUGUUCCGGUUGAAGUCACGAUUGGUGAGCUUAAGAAGCUUGUUGAGGAGGGAAAAAUAAAGUACAUUGGUCUAUCUGAGGCCUCAGCUUCAACAAUCAGAAGAGCACAUGCUGUUCAUCCCAUAACAGCCGUGCAGUUGGAGUGGUCGCUGUGGUCAAGAGAUGUCGAGGAAGACAUAAUUCCAACUUGCAGGGAACUUGGUAUUGGAAUUGUUGCAUAUAGUCCUCUUGGGAGAGGAUUCCUUUCAUCAGGAUCAAAAUUGAUUGAGAAUUUGCCUGAGGGUGACUACCGGAAGAAUAUGCCUAGAUUCCAACCUGAGAACUUGGAGGCAAACAAGACUAUAUUUGAGAGGGUCAAUGAAAUGGCUGCAAAGAAGGGAUGCACUCCUUCGCAGCUCGCAUUGGCAUGGGUUCACCACCAAGGAAAUGAUGUAUGCCCCAUUCCUGGAACCACUAAAGUUGAGAACUUUAAUCAAAACAUUGGUGCUUUGUCUGUGAAACUUACACCACAAGAAAUGGCAGAGCUCGAGUCCUUCGCUGCUGCGGAUGCUGUCAAAGGUGAUAGAUAUGGUAAUGAUAUCGCUACAUGGAAGACCUCUGAUACCCCACCACUUUCUUCUUGGAAGGCUGUUUAAUCAAUUCAUGACUUGUACUAUUAGGCACCCUUGUAUUUUGGUAUUUGUUGUUUAAUUUUGAGUGUUGGUACCUAAUAAUGUAUUCUGUAUGAGGGAUACACCUAGUUUUCUAGUAGAAUUUUGUUGCAUCAACCUUUGAAGUUUCUUUUUGUUGAUUUUCC